AUGUCGGCUCCUGGUACAACGCCUGGCCCAGCUGCGCAUAUGAUGGUGCCGCCAGGAGGGAUUCCGAACAAUACAGAUCUCAUCCUGAGCGCUGUAUUCAUUCCUCUCUUCCUUGGCAUCGGCUUAUACUUUCACUUUCGCAUCUUUCAUGCCUAUGGCAAGAAGUUUAUAUGGUCGAUUCUGUGCUUUGGUUUCUGUAUGGCACGCAUUGCAGCGUUGUCGUUGAGAAUUGCAGUCGUCAAACAUGUGACGGAUAAGACGCUGAAUAUCAUAGCGCAAGUUUUCAUUGCCGCUGGAGUCGUCUUACUGUUUUUCGUCAAUCUACAGAUGUCACGUCGAUUCUUUGGUCAAAUUCAUCCCCAUCAUGCAUCCUGGGUCCGCAUAUUCGUCAACUUCUUCGCCGUGCUCAUCAUUCCCGUCCUCGCAAUGGUCAUCACAACCGUCGUACAGUCAUUCCUCACGACAGAUGCUCACAUCUUAUCCAUCGACCGGAAAGUUCGACUCGUCGCGUCGGUGUUCCUUGUCAUCCUCGCCUUCCUCCCGAUCCCUAUCGUCCUACUCGUUCUUAUCCUCAAGGCACUCGCUCCAGGUGGACUUGACAAGCCUGAACCGCUCGCAGAGGGUGACGCAGACCCAGAAGCCGACGCUGAUGCGCGUCUCGAAAAGGAACGAAUUCUCCACGCGAACGGAACCAAACCCAACCCCGAAGCCAAAGAGACUGCCAAAGGAGGACAUAUGAGCGGCAAAGUCAGCAAAGUCACCAACCAACCUCUCGCGCGCGGCGAACCAAAGACAGGAUUCGGACCCACUCCUGUUGGAAAGAAGGAAAUUCUUGAAACGGCGCUGUUCAUUAUUAUUCCUGGCGUGCUCCUGACGUUUGAGCAAGGCGUACGCUGCGCUCAAGCGUUUCACGUUCCAAAGUUUGGUGAGAAGACGCCAUGGUACAUGACCAAAGCGGCGUUUUGGGUCUGCAUAUUCGGAUUCGAGAUCAUUUCUGUGUUCAUCCUCUAUCAUGUGUAA